UCAUUCGUCCACCUAGCGGAGCGCACGAGACAUCUUCAAAUACCGCCGUCUGCUCAAACACAAAGUUCGCCCCAAUCAAGUCACGCGAUGUGCAGCAGAUUGACGAACGCCAGCUAGUGGCUUCCCAGUCAUGGCCUCUCCGCAAGAAACGAGCGAUCCCCCUGCGGUGGAUUUCCGAACUUCUCCGAGUGGUGGUCUUCCCAAUGGACUGUCCCACCAGCAGAACACGACUUCAGGCGGUGUCAGAGUUAACCUCCAUGAAAACCCGUUGCACGGUGCUUCGCUGGAAUGCAAGAGAACGCCUUCACCACAGCCCGUCGACAAGACACAGUACCACGACGGAACCUUGUGUCCCGAGGUGGUCGCCUUCCAACCGGCAUGGAACAGCGGCCGAGACGUUUCCCCGUCCUCCGUCUCGCUUCCUCGCAAGUGCAGUCAUGCUGUGCCAGCUCUUACGGUGGAGAGGAGGCCUCUGACGCCCUACCUCUUCCUCAUCAUAUUUAUCCUCGUCACCCUGUGUUGUGUCUUCGCCUACCUGGCUUUCAUGGCACCGCCCGCUCUUCCAGUUCAAGAUGGAUCCAAGAUCUGCCUCACGCAAGAAUGCGUAAAAACAGCUUCAUCGCUGCUGAACGGAAUGGACCAGACAGCUGACCCCUGCGAAGACUUUUUUCAGUUCGCUUGCGGUACAUGGAACAAGCGACACCAGAUACCCGAAGAUCGGCCUAGCGUGUCCACUUUCGAGGUACUCGCCGAUGAACUACAGAUCAUCCUGAAAGACCUGUUGGAGGAACACGCCACACCCUACGACAACAGUGCAACCAUCAAAGCAAAACGGUUGUACAAUUCCUGUAUGAGGCUGAACGUGAUCGAAAGUAUGGGCGACCGACCGCUACGCCACCUGCUGCGAUCGUUGGGCGGUUGGCCGGUGACACAGAAGAACUGGACUGCCCCACCCUGGCCCUUUGAGAGACUUCUGGGAAUACUCCGCGGUCAGUACGACCAGUGUGUCAUCGUCGAACAAUGGGUCGGUCCAGACGACAAAAACUCCUCCGUCAACAUCAUACAGAUUGACCAGCAGAUGACCUUUGGCCUUCCUAGCCGGGAAUAUUACCUGAAUGACAGCAGCGAGAAAGACCGGCACGCUUAUCACAGGCUUAUGGUGGAAGUGGCGAUGCUGCUUGGAGCUGAUCAUGAAGAUGCUGCCGUGCAGAUGGAGAAAGUGCUCGACUUUGAGACCCGGCUUAACAACAUAUCAGUUCCAGAAGCGGAUCGCCACGACACCGGCUCCAUCUACAAAAAGAUGACUCUGCAAAUGCUAUCAGAAAUGGUGCCAGAGUUCAACUGGACCGAGUACCUGUCCACUUUCCUGCCCGUGAGCCUGUCAGACGACGAGCCUGUCGUGAUCUACUCAGUUCCCUACCUCCAAGAAAUCGGACCAAUUCUGCAGCAGUCUGACAGAAGGACUUUGCACAACUUUGCCAUUUGGCGCCUCAUCAACUACCUCUUACAAUACCUGGAUGGAGAAUAUGCCGACAAGCGGAAUGACUUCCGCAAGGUUAUGCAAGGCAUCUCUGCAGACAAAGUGCGUUGGCAUCAUUGCGUCGAACUGGCCAAUAAGAAAAUGGGAAUGGCAGUCGGUGCCCUGUUUAUUAAGGACAACUUCGACCCCAGGAGCAAGGAGACAGCAACGGAAAUGAUCCAUAACAUACGAGAAGCAUUCAAUGAACUACUCAAAGAGAAUGACUGGAUGGACGUCGAAACCCGAAAAGUUGCUGAAGAAAAGGCCAACGCAAUGAACGAGCGGAUAGGAUAUCCUGACCUUCUGACAAACCCGUACGAACUUUCCAAAGAAUACGAUACGCUCGAGAUACACGAAGAGCUCUAUUUCGAAAACAUCUUGAACAUCCUCAAGUUUGAAGCCUCAAAGAACCUCCACAAGCUUCGUCAACCGGUGAACAAGGAUAAGUGGGCGACUGAGCCAGCGGUUGUAAACGCGUUCUACAAUCCGAACAAGAACGACAUCGUUUUCCCAGCUGGGAUAUUGCAACCACUGUUUUACAGCCAGCAUUUCCCAAAGUCACUCAAUUACGGAGGAAUUGGAGUCGUUAUUGGCCACGAGAUAACGCAUGGGUUUGACGACAAAGGUCGGCAGUUCGACAAAAACGGGAACCUGAAGCAGUGGUGGAACAACAAAACGAUAGAAACCUUCCGUCAGCGUGCCCAGUGUAUCAUUGACCAGUAUUCCAGCUACGUUUUGGAGGAUAUCAAUCUGAAUGUGAACGGCAAGCAAACGCAGGGCGAAAACAUCGCGGAUAACGGAGGCCUGAAGCAAGCCUACCGUGCGUAUAAGAAAUGGGUUAAGCAACACGGCGAGGAACAUCUACUGCCUGGCGUCAACCUCAACCACGAUCAACUUUUCUUCUUAAAUUAUGCCCAGAUCUGGUGUGGUACGAUGAGACCAGAGGAGGCGCUCAGCAAAAUCCGAAGCUCUGUGCACAGCCCUGGACCAAUAAGGGUACUCGGACCCCUCUCCAAUUCCUACGACUUCGCUCGAGUUUACAACUGUCCGAAACACAGCCGCAUGAAUCCACAAAAGAAGUGCUUAGUUUGGUGAAUGUGCUGGACAAAAGUGUCCGCAAAAGGACCUCGAAGCACGGGCGAGGACAUUCAUCCUGUGAAUGCAGACGUCAACACGCGAGAGCUUCACGGGAGGAGGGAUGCCGAACUCUUGUGCCGGAGCAAAUAUCCGGAUGUUUUCCCAAGACUUUUCAUCCUACUCAGUUUUUUUAUACUUUUCUCACAUCUGCGAAAGUUUGACGUCUGCAAGGAAGACACGCCGGGGGACGACCAUGUGAAUGAGAGACUCGGAAAGUGUUGUUCCGUAAAAUAAGGUCGCACGUUUUUUCUCUUUCUAUAGCUUUAUUUUAACUUAUGUAACCUCUGUGAAGCUCUCUCAAAGUCAUCUAAUGGGCACACUAGGCACCAGCCACAUAUCUGUACACAAGGUGACUGCAAGGUGUUCCUUCCACACCACAGGCUGUAAGAGACGACACGCAACAUCAACGGGACCGAUCACAGGACAGACCUCGCAGCACAUCGAGCAACCUUUUAAUGGGGUACUUUGAAAAAUGCAUUUAUACCAUAUUCUCAAUUCAUCAUGUACUUAUAACGUAUCUUCGCUUUAAGCAGUGUACGACACUUUCUUUCUUUAAUGGUCCUGUCUGUCAUAUUCUCACUGUGCUUUUGCAGAUUGACACAUCAAGCUUGUCUUUUACAUUGUGUACAUACGUUGUUACAGAUCACCGAAGCUGCUUGAAAUAAAGUGUGUGCCAUCAUCAA